GUUGCGUUUGGUAUACAUUUUUGUAUAUAUAUUUCCGCAUUGGUUAAUAAUUAUUCUUCGCGAUGCAGUGGUAUUGUGUGAUUGUAUUCUGCAUCACGUGCACACUGGCCCAGCGGCCGGAAGGGGAUUCCGGCGCGCCACUGGACGCCGGCAUGGAGAAACGCGGCUUCCGGGCGCGUCUGCCGGAGCCGCCGCGGGCCCGCGAGCUGUUCCGCAAGUCGGAUUCGGUGAUUCUGCGACUACUUUUCGGCGGCGGCGGGAUUGCCGGCGGGAUGCAGCCGGGACUGCUGAAGAGUCUGCGCGUGGCCGGACAGAAACGCGACCAGCUGACCGACGCCGACAACGCCGAUGUGCAAAUGUUCCGUCUCGACCAGCCGGAACCCAGUGAAUUCCUCGGCCGCUGAACC